AUGGCGCCCCCUGCUGACCUUGAGAUGCACAGCUCUGUCUGCCGCAGUAUAGAAAACCGGAAGGUGCUCUGCAGCAGUGGUGUAGUGCAUGAUCAGAGAUAUGGAUCUAGUUUUAAUCUUAUGUUUGUGGCAAGAGAUACCCCACAACUUGGAAAGAUCUCUGAUUUGGAUCAGCAGGUGUGGAUCUUUCAGGGUCAGGCCAUUGUGACAGUUCCACGGAGUAAUAGUGUGGCAUCAGCCACUGUCACUGUCAUUACAUGCAAGUAUCCGGAGUCCCUUGAGAAAGACAAAGGAACUCCCAUUUACCUGGGAAUCCAGAGCCCAGCCAUGAGUCUGUGUUGUGAGGACACUGGAGGACAACCCACGCUGCUGCUCAAGGAGGAGAACAUUUUGGAUCUGUACAACAAACCUGAGCCCGUGAAGCCCUUCCUUUUCUACCACUUCCGUACAGGGACGACCUCUACUUUUGAGUCUGUGGCCUUUCCUGGCUGGUUCAUCGCCUCUUCCAACAAAGACAGCCCCAUCUUCCUCACUGCAGGCCAGGGAAAAUUAUACAACACAAACUUCAAUUUAUAUCUAGAAGCUUGA